AUGCCAAUCGUUUCGCAAGAGAAGCUGGCAAGCCUGCAAAAUAGUGCAGAUGAUGUCAGAAAUAUCUGUAUCUUGGCCCAUGUUGACCAUGGCAAGACGUCCUUAACGGACGCUCUCCUGGCCACAAAUGGCAUCAUUUCUCCCAAACUAGCCGGCAAGAUCAGGUACCUCGACUCGAGACCAGACGAGCAACUACGAGGCAUUACUAUGGAGUCUUCGGCCAUCUCCCUCUAUUUUUCUAUGCUCAAGAGGACGAGUCCGGACGCGAAACCCAUACCAAAAGAGUAUUUGGUAAAUCUUAUUGACUCUCCCGGCCAUAUCGAUUUCAGCAGUGAGGUCUCCACUGCAUCCCGGUUAUGUGAUGGGGCCAUCGUCUUAGUGGACGCUGUCGAGGGCGUAUGCAGUCAAACAGUUACCGUGCUUAGACAAGUAUGGAUCGAGAAGCUUAAGCCUCUCCUUGUCAUUAACAAGAUGGAUCGUUUGAUUACGGAGCUUCAAAUGACGCCAGACGAGGCAUACCAACACCUUAGCCGACUGCUCGAGCAGGUAAACGCCGUUCUCGGUAGCUUCUUCCAGGGAGAUCGCAUGGAGGAGGACCUGAAUUGGCGAGAGACUAUGGAGAGGCGUGUUGCUGCUAAGGGUGCUCAAACUGCGACAGAACAAAGUGAUCCACUCGCAGGCCAAUAUCAAGAGGCCGAUGAUGAGGACCUCUACUUUGCCCCAGAAAAGAACAAUGUCAUUUUCGGCAGCGCUAUAGACGGCUGGGCGUUUACCGUCCGCCAAUUCUCGGGCAUGUAUGAAAAGAAGCUCGGUAUCAACCGUGCAAACUUGGAGAAGGUUCUUUGGGGAAACUUUUAUCUUGACCCGAAGACGAAGAAGCUGCUCAGCCCCAAACACCUCAAGGGGAGAGCGCUGAAGCCACUCUUUGUCCAGUUGGUUCUAGAACCCAUCUGGACGGUGUACAAAGCAACGACGGGAGGACCCAACGGUAAGAGCGAUCCCGAGUUGCUAGAGAAGGUCACCAAGACUCUCAACAUUACGGUUGCGCCUCAUGUCCUCCGCUCAAGGGACCCUCGUCUUCUCCUAACUACCGUCUUCGCCGCUUGGCUGCCCCUCUCGACUGCUCUUCUCGUCUCUGUUGUCGAGUCUUUGCCGUCCCCAAAUGCGGCUCAAGCCGAAAGAGUUCCCGACCUCUUGGAUGAUUCCCCAGGAGGCGCCAAGAUAAACCCGGCCGUACGCGAAGCCAUGAUCAAGUUCAAGAAGGCGAAAUCAGACCCCGUUGUCGCAUAUGUUAGCAAGAUGGUGUCUGUUCCCGAAAGCGAACUCCCACAGAAUAAACGCCGACCAGGACAGAUGAGCAGCGAGGAGGCGAGAGAGUUGGCUCGUAAAAAGCGGGUUGAAGCAGCAAGGGCACUCGCUGCGUCUACCGAGACAGAGAAUGAUCUUACGCAAGCACUAGACUCGUUGAAUAUUCAUACUACACCCGAGGAGGUUACUGAAGAGCUCAAACUUGAUCGGGAACACCUUAUCGGUUUUGCAAGGAUCUACUCUGGCACUCUAUCCAUCGGGGACGAGCUGUAUGUGGUUCCGCCAAAAUGGUCUCCGGCGGAUGAAAACGCCGAAGAGUUACAGAAAGUUACCGUCACCAACCUAUACAUGUUUAUGGGUCGUAACCUCGAGGCCCUCGACACGGUGCCUGCUGGUGUCGUCUUCGGAAUUGGUGGUCUCGAGGGACGCGUCCUCAAGUCCGGAACAUUGUGCAGCGUGGCUGAGGGCGCCGUCAACCUCGCUGGCGUAAACCUUGCCGGCAAGCCCAUCGUCCGAGUCGCACUUGAACCAGAAAACCCGGCAGAUCUCGACAAGAUGAUCGACGGUCUCCACCUUCUGGUGCAGAGCGACCCAUGCGCGGAAUACGAACAGUUCGAAAGCGGUGAGCAUGUCCUACUGACCGCCGGAGAACUGCAUCUUGAGCGAUGCAUCAAGGACCUCCAAGAGAGGUUCGCGCGCUGCGAGAUCCAAGUCGGUGCGCCCAUCGUGCCCUACAGGGAGACUAUUGUGAGAGCCGAGGAGAUGCGGCCGCCGGCAAACAAGGAACUUGGUCGUGGUACCGUUGUCACUUCGACAGGCACGAAACAAAUAACAAUUAAGCUGCAUGUACGACCGCUUCCCGUGGGAACGUCCGAAUUCCUAGUCAAAAGCGCCUCUACUAUUCGUCAGCUCUAUUCCCGACUCAAGUCUGAUGCAGAGAAAGAGGAGGAGGCCGGUGACGAUGAAGGCGUAGACGAUGACGGCGAGGUCGUCACUUCCAAGGGACUAUCCCUCGAUGAGUUCAAACAACAACUGCAAGACACCCUCGAGAAAGAAAAGACGAGAGAACGAUCCUGGAAAGGCGUAGUCGAAAACAUCUCCGCCUUCGGCCCCCGAAGAACUGGUCCCAACAUCCUCAUCGACGCCACCAAAGACCACACCCUCACCCACCUCCUCACAACCGCCAAUAAGACCCGCGAAGGCGCCGACCACCGCAACCCCUUCAGCGACAAGAUCGGUCACGCGUUCCAAUUGGCCACGGCCCAAGGCCCUCUCUGCAACGAACCGAUGCGCGGCGUAGCCGUCUUCAUCGACGACAUUUCCGUCACCAGCGCCAACGGGAGCGGCGAAGAAGACCAAUCUACAAACAUCGGCCGCCUCACGGGCGAAAUCAUCAAAAUGGUCCAAAAGUCCAUCUACGCCGGUUUCCUGGACUGGUCCCCCCGCCUCAUGCUCGCCAUGUACACCGUCGAGAUCCAAGCCUCGAUGGACGUCCUCGGCCGCGUCAACGACGUGCUCACCCGCCGUCGCGGCCGCGUGGUAAACGAGGCCAUGAAGGAAGGAACGCCGUUCUUUACCAUCCAGGCCAUGAUGCCCGCCGCCGAGUCCUUCGGCUUUGCGGACGAGAUGCGGAAACGCACGAGUGGCGCCGCGCAGCCGCAGCUUAUCUUUGCUGGGUUUGAGAUCUUCGACGAGGAUCCGUUGUGGCAGCCGUUUACGGAAGAUGAUCUCGAGGAUCUGGGCGAGCUUGCUGAUAGGGAGCUUUUGGCGAAGAAGUAUAUGGAUGGGGUGAGGAAGAGGAAGGGUUUACUGGUUGAGGGAAGGAAUGUUGCUACGAACGCUGAGAAACAAAAGACUUUGAAACGGUGA